AGUGUGCCAAGGACUCAGAGGUGAGUGUGAAGCCAACCACAAGCCUGGGAGGACACGUGAGGGGAGCUGUGUUCUCGCUGGCCCAGUUGGCACAGCUGGCUGCACCUUCUGCCACAUUGCUGAUCACCGGUUGAAGGCAACACUGCAGAUUAUUACCUUGGUUCCCAAUGGUCCUCUGUUUGACAUGUAAUAAGUGAAGAAGUUUGCUUCAGUUAUCCCGUGUUUGCUGUCACCAUGUUGUUGCUCAGCAGACGUGCCAACUGUCAAGUCGGGGGAUUUGCUUUGGCCUGCAUAGCAUGGCUCCUCUGCAGCAUCUCCAUAGGCCUCCCACAAUGGCGAGUCUGGUACUUUAAUGAAACCGUUUUCUCUGAGCCUACCACAGCCUUCAUAGGGAUGUGGAGAGUCUGUUCUUACCACCAAAACAUCAAGCCCAGCAAUGCCAGAGGGUGUCAUGAAUAUACCUACCAUGACAACUUCAUUCCUUUGAAUAUUCGUAUCGUUCAACAUUUGUUACUGGGCUCCAACAUUCUCGGGUUAUUUGGAACAGUUGCCACCAUUCUUGCUGUUCGAAAUAUGUACACAGGGAAAGUGCAGAAGAAUACCACCUACAAUCCAUUCUUCGUUUCAGCCAUUCUCAGCAUCAUUGCCAGUACCUUUGUUCUCCUGGCUGUCUUAUGCAAUUAUUUCUCUGUCAUUCACAAAGCAACAAUUAGAUUUCCACCAUCUUUCCGUAUUCCUUUAUAUCCAUCUUAUCAGAGAAUUGGAAUUGCUAAUGUAGUGGCAAGUCUAGCUGCCCUCAUGUUUUUAGGCAGCAGCAUUAUUUUUCUGUCAUACUCUUCUGUGAUGGACAAGCAAGUGUAUCCUGAAGUUUAA